CUAGUCUUUAACUCUCGAACCUUGUCAAGUGCUCGCCGCUGCCGCUCUCUCAAGCUCAGGAGAAGGAGGAGGAGAAUGUCUCACAGGAAGUUUGAGCACCCCAGGCAUGGAUCCCUUGGAUUUCUUCCAAGGAAGCGAGCUGCUCGUCACAGAGGAAAAGUGAAGGCUUUCCCCAAGGAUGACCCAUCCAAGCCCUGCAAGCUCACUGCUUUCCUUGGUUACAAGGCUGGGAUGACUCACAUUGUCAGGGAUGUCGAGAAACCUGGAUCAAAGCUGCACAAGAAGGAGACAUGUGAGGCUGUCACUAUCAUUGAGGCUCCUCCAAUGGUCGUUGUUGGUGUUGUGGGUUAUGUGAAGACACCCCGCGGCCUUCGUUCUUUGAACACAGUGUGGGCUCAGCAUCUCAGUGAGGAGGUUAAGAGGAGGUUUUACAAGAACUGGUGCAAGUCCAAGAAGAAGGCUUUCGCAAAGUACUCCAAGACCUAUGAAACUGACGAAGGAAAGAAGAAUAUUGAAGGGCAGUUUGAGAAACUGAUUAAAUAUGCUACUGUUAUUCGAGUUUUGGCUCACACUCAGAUCAGGAAGAUGAAGGGUUUGAAGCAGAAGAAAGCACAUCUCAUGGAGAUCCAGGUGAAUGGUGGCACAAUUGCUCAAAAGGUUGAAUUUGCAAAAAGCUUCUUUGAGAAGCAAAUCCCUAUUGAUGCCGUCUUCCAGAAAGAUGAAAUGAUUGACAUCAUUGGUGUGACAAAGGGUAAGGGUUAUGAAGGUGUUGUUACUCGUUGGGGUGUCACCCGGCUUCCCCGUAAGACCCAUAGGGGUCUGCGUAAGGUUGCUUGUAUUGGUGCAUGGCAUCCUGCCAGAGUUUCAUUUACAGUUGCCAGGGCUGGUCAAAAUGGAUACCAUCACCGUACUGAAAUGAACAAGAAAAUUUACAAGCUUGGAAAGGCUGGACAAGAGUCACACACUGCUGUCACUGAGUUUGACAGGACUGAGAAGGACAUCACUCCAAUUGGUGGCUUCCCUCAUUAUGGUGUGGUGAAAGAUGACUACAUUCUGAUCAAGGGAUGCUGUGUUGGACCCAAGAAGAGGGUUGUUACCCUUCGCCAGUCCCUGCUCAAGCAGACCUCCCGUCUUGCUCUUGAGGAUAUCAAGCUCAAGUUCAUUGAUACCUCCUCAAAGUUCGGGCAUGGUCGCUUCCAGACUACACAGGAGAAACAGAAGUACUAUGGACGACUCAAGGCAUAAGGAUUAUAACUGUUUGAAAGCCUUUGGCUAUCAAGGGUUUUGGCAGCACUUAGUUUUCUAUGAGUGAUUAUGUUGCAACAGUUUUGUUAUUAUCUUUGUUUUCAAGAGGAUUUUAAACUAUGGGUAUCAAGUUUUAUAUUGUAGCUGACAUUUUUAAAUUUAAAUGACUACAAUUCAACUUUCAAAUUUA